GGGCGCAUCUUCAAGGGCCAGCCAGAUUCCGGUCGUCCCGGUAACCAGACAAAGAACGCGCUUGCGCAAACUCCUUGUCACGUGGGUCUGGGCCGGGAGGCGGGACCGACGGCUGCUCUUUCGGACCCGCGGCCCCUCCCCUCUCAGCGCCGAGGCCAGCCGAGGCGGGGCAAACCUCUGCCCUUUUGCGUGGGGGUGACUCACAGCUCCUGCCCCUUUUCACUUUGGUCUCUCCUGGCUCGUUCCUCGCACCACGUGCCCUGCUGGCCGCGCCCCCAGCUGCCCUUUCCAACUGCCUGUUGGAAGUUGCUGUAAAAUGUCGUGAGGGGCGCUGCCGCUUUACGGCUGCCUCUCCCAGGCUAGAGCCCGGGAGCGCCCACCGCCGUCAGCCCUGUCUCGAAGAGUCUGCUCGGCUGAGACGGAGAGACCCGGCGCGCCGCUCCCCUCCCCGCCGCGCCCGUGCCGGCCGCCGGCGAUGUGAGCUCGAGGUGGCCGCGGUGCCCCCUGGCCCGGGGUUGAGACGGGCGGCAGGUGCCUGUGAGGCGGGAGGGUGCUGGGGGCCUGCAGGAUGGAGGAAAGCAUGGAAGAGGAGGAGUGGGGCAGCUACGUGGCGAUGAUGGACGACCAGAACCACAACAACUGGGAGGCCGCGGUGGACGGCUUCCGGCAGCCCCCGCCACCGCCGCCACCCCCCUCGUCGAUCCCAGCCCCUGCGCGAGAGCCGCCAGGGGGGCAGCUGCUGGCGGUGCCCGCGGCCUCGGUGGACAGGAAAGGCCCCAAGGAGGGGCUCUCGAUGGGGCCACCGCCACCGCCGGAGGCCAAUGGGGUGAUCAUGAUGUUGAAGAGCUGCGACACGGCCGCCGCCGUGGCCAAGGCGGCCCCCGCCCCCACUCCCAGCUCCACCAUCAACAUCAACACCUCCACCUCCAAGUUCUUAAUGAAUGUUAUAACUAUUGAAGAUUAUAAGAGCACUUACUGGCCAAAAUUGGAUGGUGCCAUAGAUCAGCUUUUAACCCAGAGUCCUGGUGACUAUAUCCCCAUAUCCUAUGAACAGAUAUACAGUUGUGUGUAUAAAUGUGUCUGCCAGCAGCAUUCAGAACAGAUGUACAGUGAUCUGAUUAAAAAGAUAACUAAUCACCUAGAGAGAGUCUCGAAGGAGCUGCAGGCCAGCCCUCCAGAUCUCUAUAUUGAAAGAUUUAAUAUAGCCCUUGGACAAUAUAUGGGAGCAUUGCAGAGCAUUGUGCCUCUUUUCAUAUAUAUGAAUAAGUUUUACAUCGAAACCAAGCUUAACAGAGACCUAAAAGAUGACCUUAUAAAGCUGUUUACGGAACAUGUUGCAGAAAAGCACAUUUACAGCCUAAUGCCUUUACUCUUAGAAGCCCAGUCAACACCAUUUCAGGUCACACCUUCAACUAUGGCAAAUAUUGUGAAAGGCCUAUACACUCUCAGACCAGAGUGGGUUCAGAUGGCUCCAACUCUGUUUUCUAAAUUUAUUCCAAACAUUCUCCCUCCGGCGGUGGAGUCUGAACUUUCUGAAUAUGCUGCUGAAGAUCAGAAACUUCAAAGAGAACUUAUACAGAAUGGUUUUACGAGAGGUGACCAGUCCCGGAAAAGAGCUGGGGAUGAGUUGGCUUAUAACAGCUCAUCAGCGUGUGCAAGUUCCAGAGGGUACAGAUAGUGAAUGUGUUGAAUGUACUUUCCUUCCCGAAAAGAGGACACACUGGAGCUGCAGAGACUGUAUUGGGAGCACAGCGGGGGUCCUGCAGACACUCAGGAGCUCUGUCACAAAGUUGUUCUCGGAAGAGGAUGUUGGACUUCUUACUUUGGUUUGUAAUUUUAAAAAACAAAUAACUAACAAAAACAAAAAACAGUCAGUUGCUGCUAGACUUGGGGAUGAUUUUGAAAUGGGACAAUCUUUUAAUGAGUUUAUCUACAGAUUCCGUGAGGAACAGGCGUCUUGAAAAGCGACCAUUGCUAAGGGAAAUCCAGCAGCGACCGUCAGCAGCUUCCUCCAAAAGUAUAAGAGCAGAAGAAUUUUUUUUUUUUUAAAGCACUUGUUUUGUUCAUUUGUGGAUGUGGCACUUCAGCACAUUGGCUUUUACACAUCGAGAUCUCUUUUGCUUUGAAAUCGAGCAGAUCAUUAUACAAUACAGUGUUUUUUACCCAUAACUAAAACAAACCCCGUUUAAAAGAGUUGGUCUUUGUUUAGCGUUAGAAAGUCGUGUUCAAGGAAAAUGCUAAUAACUCUGCUUCUGCUAUAACAUCUCCCCUCACCGUUCACAACUGUUUUCUACUCUGUGCCUUGAGCUUUGUGCACUUUGCAACUCCGUGACCAGUUGUUCGACUCCCGGAUGCUUUCUGAAAAAGCUUGUGGUGUCACAGACUGACCCACUGAGGUGGCAGGUGUGACUUUAGCAGGAUACUAGUAAGUAAGCGGGAAGAUAGAAACACGUUGCUCAUUGGUCAGAUUCCCCCCUGCCUCACCUGUGGCAUAUUCAUGCUGAUGUCGGGGACCAACUCUUACAGAACAUAUCCAUUCCCUCCGUCACUUGCAUGAUCUCACCCGCUGCUGUAGCGUUGGCAUGAUGCUAGCGUAGGAUGGGCUGUCCUCUAGCACCAAAACUCCCUUUUUCAGGACAGUGGAGACUUACCAGAGGGUGACAGCUAGUUACUAGGAUACUCCGGGGAGCAGGUAUGGUUAUUGAAUCCAGAUAGAAUCAGUGGUGUGGCAUUCCUGAUCCAUUUCAUUUUAAAUGGGUGAGACAGGUACUUCAAAAAAAAUGUCUGCAGUCUGCAUCUUUUGUAGCAUUAUAUUCGAGUAUAACAGAGGAGAAGUAACACUGCUGUUUUGAAGCUUCGUUCCAGCUGUGACACAGCUCUUUUUUUUUUUUCUACACCCACAGUGCUAUUUAGUUUCUUAUAAAAGACUCUAAAGCUUAUUCUAGUCGUUUUGGGAAGGCAAAGAAAAAUAGAUGUGGCAGGUGAAAAUAUCUUUCUCCUCAAUUUUGCUUGAAUCUAAAUCGAGCAUAUGCUUGACUGUAUUUGGCCACGUGACACUAAUAUUUAGCUCUUCGGAGAACUUGGGGCAAAACCAGAUGGAUCAGGGAUACUGCCACGCUUCUGAUUGUCGGGUUUUUCAUAGAGUGGCCUCUGCCAGUUCACUCUGUCCUUUUUGGGGGAGCAGGCUGGGUGGGAGAGUUAGAAGUGUGACAGUAGGAGCAAGUAAGUGCUCUAGUAGAAGUCCUCUAUUUGUAAAACUACUAUUCCGAGAAGUCAGCGUACAAGUUGGCAGAUUUAUUUUUUAAGUACUUCUCAACCAGAGCUGGAUUUCGUGGAGGACUUUGAAUUGGACUCAUUUAACCCUGUGAGCAUCUUGGGUUGUAUUGAUACACACUGAAUUACUGGAAGCAUAUAUACAGGUUCUCACUGUGCCCUAUACAGUUUGAUUCGCUACCCCAGUAGCAUUCUGGUAUCAGGGAAGAACUCCACUCUGUCGUGAAGUCCAAAUUUUACUUUCUCAAUGGAACGCUUGCCGCAGGCUUAUAAAUAACACCUGCAACUAAAGUCUCCCCUGAGUGGUUUCAGGAAUAUUUCUGAAAGGAAUAAAAUUGGGAUGCUUCUUUAAAUGUGGAUGAAUUCUUCAUUAUCCUCAUAAUGUACCCAAAUGCUUUUUCUGGGAGAGUGUUUCUUUGGCUAACAGGGGAACUUCUCUACAAAAGCAUUGUAUUACGAUGUGAAUUGGUGUUAAAAUCUUUGGAUGCUUUUGCAUUAUUAAGUUAAUGGAGAAACAUUUUAUGUUGUCUUCUUUUUCUUAUUAUAUAUGUGUUAACAAAAAGUGGACAAAGUUUGCAAAAUUCAGCUUCUCUAAAUAUUUGCACAGCGUCUGCAGCUAGCUAUGGGCCAGGGCGUGGUACUGCGAGGCCGUGAGUGGAAGGCCCUGUAGAGAGAAGAUACACGUUCUCCUAGUGCAUGUGACGUGGUUGUUACCUGUUGGCCCCUUGAGGUACAUUGCAGUAUGGAAAACCUAUUUCUUCGUUUUUGAGUAGAAAUUGACCUUGCUUCUUUAAUUGGGUUUCUUAACAGAAUUCUUAGUCUGCAACACGAGGGGAGAUCAGAGUUGCCCUCCCGUUUUGUAUUGACAAAGCACCGUUUACCAGAAAGUGUUUUCUUCUCAUGUUUACUUGUGUUCUUCUUUGCCCGUACAGUGUCUAGUUUCUCCACCCCAGUUGAAUCCUGGCUUUUGUGGGGCCCAAAUCAUUGAGGACAGAAAACUGUCCACGGAUUGUCUUGUUAAUCGGCACGUAGUUGCUUCGGCAAGCCUGACCGCCAAGCAUGUGCAGCCUGAAACCAGGCUCUCCAAAAGAAAGCAGUUCAGUCACCUCGAAAUAAUGCCGUGUCCAAGUCAUUGGUAAUUGUAAUUGAGAGACGGUACUUUCAGAGUUGGCCUCCUGCUUCCGUAACAGUGUCAUCUCCUGUUCCCCGUUGUCACAGCUUAACCCUAACCCGACAGGAUCUACUUGUUUUCUGUGGAGCGGAAAGCAAAGCCUGGUAUAGCGACUCUGAACAGUUCGUAGGUAGAGUUAGAAGAAACACAAACCCGGAGGCAGGAGUUGUGCGUUGGUCAGGUUUGUGGGAAAGUCACUUUUUUUUUCCUGUCCCUUUUACAAAUUUGAGGCAGUUCCUCUCUCCCUUUCUUUGAGGCGUGGGGUGAACACUGACCUGUGAGCGAGAUCGCAGGGGAACAGGUGCCCGUGGCCGUUCGUGCUGCGUGUCCGUCCCUAGUGCGCCGGCCCCGUAAAGCUGCCGCUUCCCUCGCUAUAAAUGCCACGCUUUCUGUCAGGUUGCAGAUUUGCACACGUGAAGAAUUCCUCAGGAAGAGUUUGCACAUGCAUCGCCUCGCAAUAUUCUGUACUGACCGAACAAGGGAUUUGAAAGUUUUUCAGCACAAAAGGAGAACUUCAGAGUGGUGGUCUGUGCACCCGUUCUAGCAAAGGUAAUGGUGAUCUAGCAAACACGAUCGGUUUCUGCAGUUAUAAAGUGAGCAGGGGCACUUGCAUCAUAGUAUUUAAAUAAGCCUGUUUAAUCUCCAGAGUGGCCCUUCCAGAUUUUAUCUUCUUUUCUUAUCGAGACUAGUUAUAUUUUCGUCUGUGUUUUCUCUGUUUUAGGGCAGUUAAUAUUUUCCAUGGUAAUUACACAGGCAUUGCCCUUGAGCUAAAAAUUCAGUUGUUCAAUAAGCAGCUAUUGUUAAAAUAACUGAACCUUGUUUUAUGAAUAUACACUAAUCUGAGAUAGUAAAAAAAAAUUUAAAAAGCUGCAUUAGGUAUCCAGUCAGUUUGGAUGUUUUGAGUUGAUUUUUUUUUAUGGUGUCUCACUGCGCUUCAGAGUAUUAUGUUUACUUUACCCCCGGUCUAGGCCUCUUAAGGACUUUAAAAUUUAAGAUCAGAAUGUGAAUCCCUUGACUAGCAUAGGUUUAUAGGACCUUUUCAGUUGUGAUUGCAGUUUUCAAUAAGCUUGCCUAAGAAGAAGUUCACGUUUAUCAGAAGUUAAGAUAGAAGUUAUAGGAGUUCUUGGAGAAAUGGCUUUCUUGUUACUUUCAUUACCUUGUUGCAAUUUGCCCCAGUUUCUGGCCACCAGAAUCCAUGAAAGGACCCCUGUUCUUUUUCAAGGGUAGUGAUUCCUGUUUUGUCCCCACUGGUGAUUAACUAAGUCACUGACGCUUUCCCUCCUCCCCUGGCCAGGACCCUAUUUUGAACUUCUUUCCAGAGCCGAGUGGCACAAGUCCAUACACUGAUUCUGCUGACGGUGGUGGUGUGGCUGUGGGAGAAUUAGAAUCCUCAUCAGAGGUACAUUCUUGACCUCAGUACAUACUGUACCCCUGCUGGUGGGAAAUUUAUCUUCAUUUCUGGUUGGAUUGCAUUGUUCAGAAAAAUGUUAAUGGUUUAUAAUUCUAGGAAAUUUAUAGAGUGGCUCUGGGGUAAAUUUUGUGGUUUGAAAAAAAAAUUUUUGUAUUGAUUUUAACAUGUCAUUUCAAUGUGGUGACGAUGUACUAAAUGCAAUAGGACUGUGGAUAUUCUCUUAGAAGGGUAUGUUUUGUUAAACAGAUGGCAAUUUAAUUGCUCUCAUUAGCCCUGUUUGUCAAUAUUACAGCCAUGCAAUUCAGGAGAAAUUAAUUCAGAUGUGACGUUGUGGGGAACUGUGGCUGGACACAGGAAUGUUUGUGAAUAAAUGGGAGUCAAAGACAGACAAGAGGCUCUUGCCAGCCACCUGCACAGCCAGAGCAAGGAGGAAGCAAUGAAGUCUAAUCCCUGGUGGUGCUUCUUUGUCGGAAAGCAUGGUGGAGCUUAGAACAGGGUGUUCUGUACAUCAGUUCUUCUGUUAAUCUAAGAACAACAAAAUUGUGAAUGAAACUCUUUUCGAUUGGGGAUUAAAGCCACUGACUUUGGCUCUGACCUUUAACUCUGGAUGGAUUUGGAAUCACUCCUUCUGUAUUAGGGUGUAUAACCGUCACUCUAAAACAUUGUGGUUAAUGAAAUAAAUCUUGUACAGAUGUCCUUGGCUUGUUAUGUUGAUACUUGGUUCAUUGGAACUUUGUUAUGGCACAGAACAUAGGAUUUUGCUUAUGGUGUAUUCACAAUUCCCUCUUAAACGAUAAGCACACUCAGCACAUGUCUGUUCUGUUGUGGAUAAUCAGUGGCAUGGUGAGUGUCCAUCUUGACCUCUGUACCAGCGAUAAAAGAAAACGGGGUGUGUGUAUUUAUAUACAUUUAGUACAUAGUCUGCAUACGUAUGUAGUAUCUAUAUCUAUGUACAUAUAUGUGUCGUUUUCUUCUUUAAACACUGGCACAUUGUAGACCUUUAAUCAGAACUUCUGACUUGUGGUUGUUUGCACUGAUGACACCAUGCUUUAAAAAAAUAACCCCCCUGUGUUUUCUUGCUGUGAUAUUAGUAUUAUCCCCUAGGGUGUUGUGCUCCCUCUUGCCAGUUUUAGUUCCUCUCACUUUCUCUAUACAAAUGUUCUUCCUAACAGUGUGCUCAGAAUGCCGGUUUUCAACUUCCGUCCUCCUCUUGUUUAAAACCCAAGCUGUGUUGUAGUAACACCCACUCUUAGAUUACCAUACCCAGCGGGGUUCUGUGACUGUCUUUUCUUUUUCUCUGCAUUUAAGUCACCUGACAGUUGCCUUCUUCAGCUUUUUCUUUUUCUUUCCCCAGCCAGGUAGGGAGUUGUUUAAAUCCUCUCCCCUCUCUUACAGCAGAUUUUGUUUUUUACGGAGUAUAAAACUUUUCUACUAGAGUCAGUUCUUUAAGUGUGCUUGUGUGUAUUUCCUCUAUUGGCAUGUGUCUUUAAUAAUCUAGAAUUCCAGAACAUUUUGCAUUUCAAAGAACGUGUUUUGGUAGAAGGACUAUCCUACACGUAAUCUGAGAGCAAAUGUUUGUCUCAGCUUAAUGGAGUUGUGUGUUCUUGGGUAAGGUUAUUUUUCUGAACUUCAGUGUCCCCAUAUUAAGCCCAUUUCCCUCCCCAAAUUACUCACGAUGGAGAGUCUCUGCAUAGUGCAAUGGGCUUAAUUGGCCAGAAGGAUGUAACAGUUUUAAACUCAAUUACGCCCCUAAGUGACUAAUAAUAUACCUCAAAAUAUGUAUUUUUAAAAAUGGCCAUAACUACAAAGAGAAAUACAUUAAUCUACCAGUAUAAUAGGUGUUUUAAACAUACCUCCCUCAUGAGUUAAUAGAUCAUGAAGAAGACAAAAAGCAUAAUGAUGAAGGGCAUAGAAGAUUUAAAUAGCACAGCUAAUAAAUUAGACCUGAUGGAGAUAUCUAAAAUCACCUUGCACCUUCCAAUAAGACAAUAAGCAUUUUUUGCAAAUUAAAUCUAACAUUGUAUUUAGAGUAUAACAAAUGAUGACCACAGUGGAUUUACCUGAGGAAGCAAGUUGGUUAAUAUUAGAAGAUCAAUCAGUGUAACUCAUCUGUUAACAGAUUAACAUAUGAUCAGACUGUGAAAAUCCAAAGAGUCUGCAAGGCAGAUGAGAAGACUUAAGAGUUUAUCAAGUUCACUGGAACAAAAUCAACAUGUGAAUGUCAAUUACAUUUCCAUGCGUCAAGCAACAAGCUAUAACGUCUUAAGAUUUUAAUUGUAAUUAAGAAAAUUUACAGUAGGAACAAAACAGUAUAAAGUAUAGAAGAAUAAAUCUUAAGAGCUAUAUAAGCCUUUUAAUGAGAAAACGAUGAUGGAAAAAAACCCCAACACCUUGAUUGACCUAAAUAAAUGGGAGAUACGGAUAAGAAGAUCAUCUAGGUCGCAGCUCUUUGUUCAAAUCGAUUAGUAAAUUAAUGCAAUCCCAACAAAAAAUCCCAAUGGUUUUCACUGUGGUACUUGACAAGCUGAUCCCAUAAUGUGAAUGCAAGAGCAAAGGGCCAAGGAUAUUCAAAACAUUACUAAAAAACAACGAAGUGUGAAGGGAACUAGCACUACCAGAUUUAAAAGCUUACUCUAAAAUGAAAAACAAAACCAGAAGCCAUUUACUCAGACAUCUGAAGAAACAACAACAAAAAACUUACGUAAAAUGUAGUCGUUAAAACAAUGUGGGAUUGGUACAGAGAUUACAAGUGGAGGAACAGACAAGGUUGAAGAGCUCAGAAACGUCACACUUAGUACGGGAACUUAAUUUUUAAAAGGAGGUCAGUGCAGACCAGUCGGGGGGGGGGGGGGGGGGGGCGGAGCGGAGAAUGGAUUAUUUAAUAAACAGUGCUUGAAUAACUUUUCACAAAGGAAAAAAGUGAGUUGGGCCCCCCUCUACCUUGCACCAGCUGCAAAAAGCAAUCCCAGGCGCAUUCAAGAUUCACUUAAGAAAGUUAAAACUAUGAAACUUUUAGAAGACAAUAAAUACAGAAGGAUAUUUUUAUGGGGCACCUGGGUGGCUCAUUCAGUUAAACAUCCAACUCUUGGUUUCGGCUCAGUCAUGAUCUCCCAGUUUGUGAGUUCAAGCCCCACGUUGGGAUCUGCGUUGACAUUGCAGAGCCUGUUUUGGAUUCUCUCUCUCCCUGUCUUUUGCCCCUCCCCAGCUUGGUCUCUCUUUUUCUCUCUCAAAAAUAAGUAAACUUAAAAAAAGAAAAGGAUAUUUUUACGACUUUGGGGAAGGGCAGGAUUUUGUAAACAAAAGAGGAAGUGCAGACCAUUGAAAGAUGAAUAAUUUGGCUAUAAAGUUCAGAAACUGGAAAAACUUAGUACAUUGUUUAGGGUAGGGAUUCAUGAGUAGUAAAACUAAAGAAAACAAAGAUUAACAUUUAAGAUCAUAGUUUCUUGGGGGUGGGGUGGAAGGAAAGCAGAGAGGAACACAGGCUGAUAAACCCUUGAUAGAGGUUGAUAGAGGGGCGUUUUGACCGUUGUAAAUAGAUCAGUUCUUGAGUUAACAUGUAUAUUCGGUGCAAAGCCAAUCCAAAUGCCAAAGAGUAUUUAUUUUUAAUACAAAUUAAAAAUUCACAUGGAAGUAUAAACAGAUGAUAAUAGGAUCUUCAUUGAAAGGGGAGAAAAAAGGGAACUUGCUCUACCAAAAAAAUUGUUUUUAAGUGCAAUUAAAUUUUUACACUCAUAUAAAAAUAGACAAAGUCAAUGGAAAAGAGUUUAAAAAAUAGACUCCAAUGCUUUUAAGAAUUUAGAGUACUCUAAAGGUGGCUUCUUGAAAUAAUUCUGACCAUGAUGGAUUAUUCAGUAAAAGGUGCUGGUUUAAGUAGAGAAAAUUAAAUUUAUUCCCAUCAUACCAUUCACCAAAAGAAAUUCCAUUUGGACUAAAAAUUUUAAAAGGGUAAGUUACAAAAACUUGAAGACAAUAUAGUUAGUAUUUGGGAGGAUUGGAGAAGUUUCUUCUAAGGAUGUAAGCAGUAGCAUGAAACAUUGCUUUCCAAACCAGUCACCUGUGUGCACGUAGAACACCACCCCCAGCAUGUGUAUAUAGACCUGUAUAUUUUUAAAUUAAUGUUUAUGUACUAUACUAAGACACAUAGGCAAGAAAAAAAAAAAAGAAAGAGAAAAAGUGAAAAUGUUUUAAAAUAUCUUUUGUGUGUAUUGUAAAAAAAUACCUUUUGCUCUUUCUAAAAAAUUUUUUUUCUUUUAGAGCUAUAGGAUUAAAAAAUGCUUCAUUUUUCAAACUUCUAAUUUUAACAUUUUGUGAUAAAAAAUAAUUUCUGGUUUUAAGGUAAGUUUAUUUGAAUGCUGGGUUUUAAUGGCUAUUGUAGCUAAAAAAGCCACUUGAUUAAGAUCUGAGUAUCCAAAUGACUGCUUACUGAAAAACAAUGCUCAUUUUCAAUUCCAUCUACUAGUCUUAAAAAGUGUUUGUUGAAAUCUUUAUAAUAAAUUUCCAUCUUUCUCACUGUCA